AGAUAAACAACAAGAAAGAAAGCCAGCUGUUUCUAUAAACUUUUCCGGCUCUGACCAGGCAGUGGGGCAGAAGAUGCAGCGCCCCAUUUCUUCUCUUCCAUUAAGCAGCAGCUGGCUGGCAAAGCUGGCGUCUUGCGGGUUCGAAACGGUCGAAGACCUGCGAAAUAUUGGGGUGGUCGAGCUAAGCAGAGAACUGGGUGUGAGCAACUCGGAGGCUCUAGUAGAAAUUGUCAAAGUUGCAAAAAGAAGUUGCGAAUUACUCUCGGCCCAACCAGCCCCCUCUUCCCCACUCUCACACCCUCACCAGUCUCACCCCAGCGGUGGUAGCUGUCCAGGCGUCUCAGCGCUGGAGCUGCUCCAGCAAGAGGGAGUCGAAGGAUCCAUCGUGACUUUCUCAGCCGGGAUUGACGAGAUGUUAGGAGGGGGCGUGGCACUCGGGAAAGUGACUGAGUUCUGCGGUGCUCCUGGACUGGGGAAGACCCAGAUAUGCAUUCAGCUGGCAGUAGAUGUCAGUAUUCCAGAGCCACUUGGUGGAGUUGGAGGAGAGGCCGUCUAUAUUGACACGGAGGGGUCGUUUGUGGUGGAGAGAGUGGCAGAGAUAGCCACGGCCGCAGUACACCACCUGAACACUGUGGACCACGACCACACCUGCGAUGACCAAGUAAGACAAGCUGCCAGAGACGUUAGUCUAGAGAAAGUACUCGCCAGCAUUCACCUCUUCCGUUGCCAUGACUACCUGGAGCUGCUGGCGACAGUCAACAUUCUCUCAGAGUUUAUUACCAGCCAUCCUCAGGUUCGUCUGGUGGUUAUAGACAGCAUCGCUGCCCACUUUCGUCACGGUUUCUCUGACAUGUCCAAGAGAAACAGACUUCUCGGAAUCAUCUCUCAGAGCCUUAUUCAGCUGGCCACCUCCCACCGUCUCGCUGUGGUGCUGACUAACCAGACGACUACUAGAGUGGUACGUGGCCAGAAGAACAGUGCACGUGUGGUCCCUGCAUUAGGAGAGAGCUGGGGACAUGCUAGUACAGUGAGAGUGGUCCUAUCACGGUACGACAACGAGAGACAAGCUACGCUCGUGAAGUCACCUACUCACAAGACCACCACUGCCCCCUUCGUCAUUACGGCAGAUGGGAUAAGAGACUCACAUGUGACGACAGGCGACACAUCUCACACCCCGAUCCCGGCCUCUCAGUGCCUCCCUGUCCCCGAAGAAGAAGACUUUGAAGAAGACGACGAAAUAUUCUCGGCUGCCGAAGGGAUAAUGGCUGAUAUGAGUCACCCAGCCAUGUGGCAGGGGAGGGAAGGAGAGGGGGGAGGAGGGGGGAAAGGUGACAGCGACACUCGAGCUAACGUUGAUUUCGUGAGUGUGUCAAACCUCCACGAGGCGAGUUUUGAUGCCAGGAGGGAGAGUAAAGGACGAAAGAGGCCGCAUCCGUCAGAUCAUGAACUCUGAGAAUCUCUCCUCGUGACAUUAUGGUAGCACUGCAAUGUGCAGCAUACCAAGACCUCCUGCUCAGUGACAUGAUUGCUAUUCUGGGUGUAUUUUUAUUAUUAUACCAACAAAAGAACACAUCAGUAUCGAAUGUUAGUGUGUAUGGUGUGUAUAAAUUGUGACUCUGCGUGAUUUUGUCAAAUGUCAGCUGACUUGGUAUAUAUAGUACAUGUACAACAACAUUCUGUUCGUACUUCCUGAAAAUAAUAAUAUGAAAAUACGUGAAUUUCAGGAUACUUCCGUUUUGUCUGGGCGGAUGGAGGCGGCGCUUUGAUGUGGUCGGGAUCUGCGGGUAUAACGAGCUGACGGACAGCGAACUCAGACAUUCCAUGUGCUAGCUCUGUGUGUGUGUGUUUGCAGCGCAGAAGACCGCUCCUAGGCCGCUCUUGGCACUGUUUGUAAGCCCCAGAGGAGCACUUCUCCGUACGUGACUGCCAGUAGUUGCACUUCGUUGGCGAGGAAAGCCACUGCCUUCAAGAGAGAGGCGCGUAGAACUUUCUGCUAGCCAUGGCGGACGAGUUCGGAGGAAAAGACGAGCAAACUUUGAAGCAGUUGCUGGAAGAUGCCACUGACUAUGAAGAGCGGCAGAAGAUCCGCAAGGCCAUCAGAAACAUCAAGAAAGCGGAAGGGAGGGCACCGAGCAAGAAGACAGGCACAGCAGUGUACCGCCGCAUGGGCACAUUUCAACCGCCCAAACAAAUGACGAUUCCAAACUCUGUCACUGGAAAUGUCCUCCCCGAUCGCGUGGUGACAGACACAAACAAAACAGAGAAAGGAGACGGAGAGAAAACGUUGAGCUACCUCAAUGCCCGGACGACCCAGCUGCCCUACGGGUACAAGAUCCGACCGAAGGAUAAGACAGAGCCAACUUCGACACCAGUCAUCCCCAUAGGACGGCAGAGCCCCUCGGCGUAUUUGAAACGAUCUCCUCUGAAUAGCGUGGGGUCGACUCAGAGUCCUCGGGGGUCACCGCGACCGAGUGUCAGCUCCACCCAGAGUAUCACUCCCGAGCCACCAAAGACCCCAGAGCCAGCUCAAGUGGAGAGAGAGCCAAGUCCCGAGCCACCUCCCAGAGAACCUUCUCCUGAACCUGUGAGGGAACCUACCCCGGAACCACCCCGGGAGCCUACUCCACCACCCCGCGAGCCUACCCCAGAGCCUGUGAGGGAACCUACUCCAGAACCGGUGAGGGAACCUACCCCAGAACCACCCCGCGAGCCUACUCCAGAGCCAGUGAGGGAACCUACUCCGGAGCCACCCCCCAAGGAGCCCAGUCCGGAACCAGUUCAGAGGUCUCCCACUCCACCAGUAGAUACAGAGGAGAGAGAGGAAGAGGAGGAGGAAGAAGAAGAGGGAGAGGAGGAGGAAGAGGAGGAAGAGGAAGAAGAGGAGGAGGAGGAGGACCAGACGGGCAAAGGUCCAGAGUAUCGUUCUGGUCGCUCCAUCUACAGUGCUGGUGGAAACAACUCAGUGGUAGUCAAGGACGUCACCACUGAGGCAGAGCCAGGAGGUGAAUUUCAACCGCACAACACCACCCUCUUUCUCUGUGGACCACUUGCUUCUUCAUCUCUUAGAUUUGGCUCUUGCUUAACCAUGCACAUCUCUCUCUCUCUUCUUUGUCCUCUCUCUCUUUUCUUUGUCUCUCUCUCUCUUCUCUUCUGUGUGUCUUUCGUCUCCCCUAUCCCUCCUCUCUUUCCCUCUCUCCCUUUUCCCCCUUCUCCUCCCUCCCUCCCUCCCUCCCUCUCUCAACUAAAAGGUGUGCCAGAUGGAGACUUCAGAAGUCGUCUGAGGACCGCUGCCCAGAAAAAGAUCGACACACGAGCGGCUUUCCCUCAAGCGAGGGCCAAGGGAGAGCAGGUCGAUUUCCGAGACGUGCUAAAGAAUAGAGUCAGUGUGGAGAAAAAGGCGUACUCCAGCGGGAGAGCUGCUCAGACUGACUUCAGGGAACAGCUGAAGAAACGAACAUCUACAGAAGCUCCGCCACCAGUGAGUACCAAGCCGAGCAGGUCACACUCGCAGAGAAAUGAAGAGGAGGAGGAGGAGGAAGAGAGGAAGGAGGAGGAAGAGGUAGCCGCCGUGACCGAAGACAAUCCAGAGGAGGAGCCUGAGGAUCAGUACGGGGAAGAAAAGGAAGAGGAAAAGGAAGAGGAAAAGGAAGAGGAAGAGGAAGGGGAGGAGGAGAGAGAGGAGGAGGUAAAGGAGGAAGAGAAAGAGCCAGAGAAUACUGAGGAGACAGAUUCGGUGCUAGCUGAGAGUUCCCCAGCUCCUGAUAGCUACGAGGCUCAAAGAGCUGCCAGGAGACAGAAGAGUGCUGAACGUGAGAGCAAGUCCAAGAGCCCUCGCCCACUGACCAAUGGGAUGAAAGAGGCCAAGAAGACGGAAGAGAACGGGACGACGGACAAGACGGAGGACAAGGCAGAGGAAGAUCCCGAUUCGUACGAGGCUCGCAGAGAGGCCCGGCGCAAGGCCAGGGAGGAGAGACUCAAGGCUGCCUCCGCAAAGAUGGAUGAGAAGAAGGAGCCAAGGAUGAGCUACAAGGAGAGGAAGGCGAGGGAGCAGCUGGCCAACGCCAGAGACAACCGCAAGAAGUGGGAGAACAGAGAAGAGGAGAGUGGAGACAAAGAGAAGGCAGGACCUCCUCCCCCCAAGAAGAAGGACAGUGCCACUGGCCAGCUCCUUGCCUGGUGCCAACACAAGACAAAGUAUUAUGAGAACGUGAAGGUGAAGGACUUCCGACACAGCUGGUCCAACGGUCUCGCGUUCUGUGCCGUCCUCCACAGCUUCCUGCCUGACAAGAUUCCCUACGACGACCUGUCGCCUAGCAACCCUCGUCAGAACUUCACCAUCGCUUUCGAUGCCGCCAAGGAGGCCGGUAUUCCUGAAAUGUUGGACGUCGAUGACAUGUUGGCAAUCUCUGUGCCUGAUUCGCGGAGCAUCAUGACCUUCUUAGUCACCAUUUACCGUCACUUCAAUGACUAGCGUGCCGGCAGGGCGCCAUUUCUUUUCAUCUCCCUGCCCGUCCCAGCAAUCAUAUCUCAUUGUGUAUGUGUAAAUAUUGACGUGUUUUGUUUGCUACGUAUUAUAUAGCUAGUAUGUUUAUAUAUAGCAGUGAUAUUCUCCCUUCAUUGUGUCAUUUUGUCAUAUAGUUUGCCGAGUACGUUGUAAGUUCAGAGACGUAAUUUUUUCUUUGGUGUAAUUUUUUUCAACCACGAAUCAAACAUUUUCACAAUAUACUUGUUAUUGUGUCUCAAUGUGCAAUAAUUUUGUUAGCCGAUAUUGUGUGUAAUUGCGGCUUUUAUAUAAAUUAUGUAGAAAAUGUGAGGGAGAAGUUAAAAAAUACAAAUGUGACCGCGAUAUAGAAUUACUCGACCAGCUCAGCCGGCUUUUUAGUUGUGUGCGCAUUUUAAAGACACUUCAUUACAAGAGAUUGAAAAAUAUAAUAUGUACAUGUGUCUGUGAUAGUGGCAAUAAAUUAACCCAUGAGAGAUCAGUGAAUUAUAUAUACCUGCAAAUUUUUAAAAUACCUGAAUUACGUGAAUAAACGUUCACAGAGAGUUUCCAACAUUCGAUCGGUGUUCCGACAGUCACUGGUGAGUUUCUGUAACACCUCGUCAUACCUGCCGACCAAUCCCGCCGGAACGUUUUUCUGCUUUGGGAGAAGGCAGUUCUUGUGCCAGUAGAACCCUGUCUUGCUUGCCGCGCCAUCGCCAUCGUCUGUCGUCUUGUGUGGAGACGAUUCAACGUCACUCAACGUGCUGUUUGCUUCACCGCUGGAAUCAACGGAACCCUGGCUGGUGUUUUUGGCGGGAGAUCUCUGCAGUGGUGUGCUGGUGGCUCCACGGCCCUGAGGAUGGAGCAGCUGGCCGUGCAAGCCUCGCCACACGGAGGACGAGGAGGUCGAGGAACGACUGUGGACACUCAGUGUCGGGCUGUUGACGUGUUGCUGGCUGCCUCCAGGGAGUGACAGCUGGAUGAAGGCAGUACCGGUGUGGUGGACGAGAAACGAGGGGGCCGCCUGAUCCGGGGGG